AUGGAGAAAGCAACACAUAUUGCAGUUAUUCCUGGUUUAGGCUUCACCCAUUUAGUUCCCAUUCUUCAUUUCUCCAAACGACUUGUUGAGCUCCAUCCACAUGUUCAUGUCACCUGCAUCGUUCCCUCACUUGGGUCACUCCCAAGUGCCUCAAAAGCCAUCCUUGAAACCCUUCCACCAAACAUCAACCCCAUUUUGCUUCCACCAGUGAACCUCAGUGACCUACCACAAGGGAUUCGGCCAACAAUCCAAAUUCAUCUUGCAAUGACUCACUCUAUGCAAUCUAUUCAUGACACUCUAAAAUGCAUCACUUCAAAGAUACCCCUCGUGGCCAUGGUGAUUGAUUCUUUUGCCUAUGAAGCCCAAGACUUUGCUCAAGAGUUCAACAUGUUAUCCUAUGUUUACUUCCCUUGCGCAGUCACCACACUCGCCACGUACUUCUACAUGCCCAAGUUGGAUGAGGAAACAUCAUGUGAGUACCCAGAUCUGACACAUCCUAUCCAAAUACCAGGUUGUCUUCCAUUUCAUGGUCGGGAUCUAUGUACGCUAGCACGAGAUAGGAGUAGUCUCGGUUACGAAUUCUUUCUCCAACGUGUUAAACGCAUGCCUCGUGUUGAUGGGGUCUUAGUUAAUAGCUUUUUGGAAAUGGAAAUAGGUCCUAUAAGAGCAUUGGAAGAUGAGGGUACGGGGUAUCCUCCUGUGUAUCCUGUUGGACCAAUUGUUCAAACUGGGACGGCUUGUACAAUUGGGUUGGAGUCUCUAACAUGGUUGGACAACCAGCAAGUUGGCUCAGUUUUGUAUGUUUGUUUUGGUAGUGGUGGAACACUCUCACAAGAGCAAAUCAUUGAACUGGCUUAUGGUUUGGAAUUGAGUAACCACAAGUUCUUGUGGGUUGUGAGAGCACCAAGUGAUGAGGCCAAUUCUGCUUAUCUUGGUGAACAAAAUCACGUUGACCCUUUAGAGUUCUUGCCAAGUGGGUUUUUGGAGAGAACCAAAGAGCAAGGUAUGGUUCUUCCUUCAUGGGCACCCCAGACUCAAAUCCUUAGCCACAGUUCAGUUGGUGGGUUCUUGACUCACUGUGGCUGGAACUCAACCCUUGAGAGUGUGCUAAAUGGUGUGCCUCUCAUCACAUGGCCACUGUUUGCAGAGCAAAUGAUGAAUGCUGUUGUGCUAAGUGAGGGUUUAAAAGUUGGAGUGAGGCCAAGAGUCAAUGAAAAUGGGUUGGUGGAUCGGGUAGAAACUGUUGAGGUCAUAAAGCGUUUGAUGGAAGGGAAAGAAGGAGGUGAAAUGCGCAGAAGAAUGAAGGACUUAAAAGAAGCUGCAACUAGUGCUCUCAAACCAGAUGGGUCUUCUACAAAGACUCUUUCUCAAGUGGCAUUCAAGUGGAAAAAUUUGGCUUGA